UCUGUAAGGUAGCAUUUGUAGAGUCAAACUAUUCAAUCAAACAAUUUCUCUCUUUGUUUUAGAGAUAUAUAUCUCUUCUUCUUCUUCUUCUUUUAAUUACAAUAUGGUUUCUUUGGUGCUUGCCAGAACAGUUAUUGGUAUCAUUGGAAAUAUUAUUGCACUUUUCUUGUUCUUGUCUCCACUGCCAACCUUUGUUACAAUAUGGAAGAGGGGAUCGGUCGAGCAGUACUCACCAAUCCCAUAUCUUGCAACGCUUGUGAACUGCCUAGUUUGGGUGUUGUAUGGGCUGCCAGUGGUGCAUCCGGGAAGCAUUUUAGUGAUCACUAUUAACGCGGCCGGAACCCUAAUCGAGUUGGUUUACAUAAUCCUCUUCUUCGUGUUCUCCGAUCGGAAGAAGCGGAUGAAAGUUCUCCUUGUGCUGCUCAUCGAGCUCGUCUUCAUCACCGUUCUGACACUUCUAGUUCUGUUCAUCUUUCAUACUCAUAGCAAGAGAUCCAUGGUCGUUGGAACCAUUUGCAUUCUCUUCAACAUUGGCAUGUAUGCUUCGCCAUUGGCAGUCAUGAAUCUUUUACUGUUUUCAUUGCUGAUUUUAGUGUCAUUUAUGUGGUUCCCAAUAAAUCAAGAGAAAUUAGUGAUUAAAACAAAGAGUGUGGAGUAUAUGCCUCUCUCACUCUCUGUUGCUUCUUUUGCCAAUGGUGUGGCUUGGACUAUUUAUGCUCUCCUCCCUCUUGACCCUUACAUUUUGAUUCCAAAUGGGCUGGGGACACUAUUUGGGCUGGCCCAAUUGAUACUGUAUGCAAGCUUUUACAAAUCAACAAAGCUCCAAAAAGAAGAGAGGGAAGGAAAAGGGCAGGUGGUUUUAUCAGAUCAGCUGGUCACCAAUGGAAAAGAGUGUUGGAAGAAUGACAACAUUGAAUCUGGGAAUCCUAGAGCUGAGGUCCAUGGAGCUUGAUGGCCUCCCCAACAUCUCCACCCUCCAUCUAUCACUUUUGUAAUAUAUAGAUAAAAUAUCACCCAAAAAAAGAAAAACAAGAAGAAGAAGAAAAGCCCUUUCUAUUUUUAAGUGUUGGCAAAUUCCUCAUGUUUUAAUUUGGGGGUAAUAACAGACGAUCACUGCAUAGACCAGUGCCAAAACAAUUGGCAAACCUUGUAAUGCCAUUUGAGUCUCUUUUUUUCUUUCUUUACUUCCUUUUUUUUGUCCUAGCUUUGUUUUUUUGUUUUAUCAAUCUAUGUAUUUGGAGAAGCUUUACUGUUUGAGUAUAUCAAUUGCUUUUUCUGAUUCU